AUGACAGGUGACAACAUCCACACCAACGCACUGUACAAAGGCGACGUCGACCAAGAGAAAGCACCUGGGUACCACCACCAUGUUGAGGAUGUAGACAGACAAAAGUUGCCCAAUGAUGGCCAGGACCGCCACUUGGCCGUCAAGAUCCCUGACAGCCUCAUUGGGCUCACCGACGACGAGGUCGACGUGAUCGACCGAGCGGCGACGCGUAAGCUCGACAUGCUCCUCAUGCCGAUUCUGUGCACGCUGUAUAUCCUCAACUAUCUCGACAGGCAGAACAUCACCUCGGCCAAAAUCGGCGGUCUCACCGCCGACCUGAACAUGUCGACGUCUGACUUUGCCACUUGCGUUGCGGUCCUCUUUGCCGGAUACAUCUCUCUGCAAAUCCCUUCCAACAUGCUCGCCGGUCGCCUGUCCAAGCCUGGAGUCUACAUCUGCUUUGCGUGCGCUUGCUGGGGUAUCGUGUCGGCAUGCACCGGAGCGGUCCAGUCCUACCCUGGCAUGGUCGUCUGCCGCAUGAUCCUCGGGUUCACCGAGGCGGCCUUCUUCCCAGGCGCAGUCUUCCUCCUGUCCCAGUUCUACACCCGCAAGCAGCUCGCCCUGCGCACGGGAAUUCUGUACUCGGGGUCGCAGGUCGGCAACGCGUUCGGUGGCUUAUUCGCUCUUGCCUGCCUCCAACUCGACGGAGCUCAUGGCCUGGAGGGCUGGCGCUGGCUGUUCAUCAUCGAAGGUGCCAUGACCGUUGGGUUUGCCAUCAUUUUUGCCUUCUUCAUCCCCAACAAGCCUGCGAACAUGCGUUGGGUCAAUCUCCAGGAGCGCGAGCGUCUCAUGUACCGGCUGGAGGUGGACAGGGGCACUCAAGAUGCAACGGAGGAAAUUAGCACCCGCCACGCGUUUGUGAUGGCCUUGACCGACAAAAAGGUGUGGCUCUUGGCCUUUACGAUCUGGACCAACUGGAUCGCUGCGGCAGUAACCAAUUUCUUCGCGGUCGUCGUUCAGUCGUUGGGCUUUAACAGGACCACAACGCUCGCGAUCACGGCUCCGCCGUACAUUCUGUGCAUCAUCGUGAUCGUCCUGGUCGGCUGGCACUCGGACAAGACCAACGAACGCACCUGGCAUAUUGUGGCCAGCAUGAGCGUGUGUAUUCUCGCCAACAUUAUUGCGCUUGCGACCCUCAACACUGGUGCUCGUUAUUUCGCAAUGAUGAUCAUGCCUGGCUCGUUCUACGGCGCCACAAUCGUCCUCCUCUCAUGGAUCAGCAGCUGCAUCACGGGCCCAGCAGUCACGCGCGCCAUUGCCAUUGCCAUGAUCAAUUCGUUUGGCAACUCGGCCAACAUCUGGACGUCGUACCUCUACAGGCCGCCUCGCUACGUCUUGGCCUUCAGUGUCAACCUGGGCGCAUCGAUCGUUUGCAUCCUACUCGUUUUGUGCAUCAACCGAUACCUGCGCCAUCUCAAUGCCCGGCUUGACCGUGGAGAGGACAUUGGAAAGCACGGCCCGACGCUGGUUCAGAAGGAGGCCAACUACCGCUUUGCGUUGUAA